UUGGUCUCAAAUUCGUCCCGAGUGCAAAAUUAGGAAAAAAAAGAAGCGUGCUUGUGUAUUCUAGCCAGUGUCUCAUAUCGAGUGCUUCCGGCGAAUUCAAAGCAGUGGAAAUCAUGUCUUGUAAAUGAGAGAAGCGAAAUCGUUGCAUCUGAUCAUGACCGUUAGAAGCUCUAUGUAUCGGGAAAAAAAAGCUACACUCUAAACAUUAUCCGGCCAUAACUUACUAUUUGUCCUACAAGAAUCUAUCGGAAAAAGUGCUUCAUAUCAGUAGUCCAUCUUUCGGACUUCAUUGUUACCGUAACGUCGUAACCGGACUCAGCGGAGCUCGACUCCAUAAGAGAUCUUCGAUCUGAAAGUUUGGAUUUAAGACGCAGGUUACGCGCAUAUUAGGACUAAGAUAUAUAGCGAAGGACUUAGCAUAAAUCAACCCAUACAUCAAUUGCAACAUACGCAUAAUAAUAGUAACACGCAUAAAUAGAGGGAAGGCAAACUGCCACAUUUUUUGUCGAAGAUCUACGGCGGCCGGUGAUUCAGGAUGAGUGGUCUUGUAGUUACACAAAAUCCGCCAAGAUUCGCUUUUUAUUCCAUUGAAGAGUUGUUGAAGAAGACAUCUUCAAAGGAGGCUGCACUGGAUCGCGACUCUGUGUCACACGGUCAAGAGGUGCUUGAUUUUAGCGGCCAUAAGAAAGAUGAACGUGACACUAUGUCCCCCCCUGGUGCGGGCUCCCCCAUGACGCGAUCUUCGGAAGAUGAGCGAAGCUUCAUCGAUGAGCUUACUAAUGACAAACCAUCAAGAAAAAUACGGCGUAGCCGGACCACAUUUACGACAUUUCAACUGCACCAAUUGGAGAGGGCAUUUGAGAAGACGCAGUAUCCCGACGUAUUUACAAGAGAGGAACUAGCACUCCGGCUUGAUCUUAGCGAGGCACGAGUCCAGGUUUGGUUUCAAAACCGGCGCGCGAAGUGGCGCAAGCGUGAGAAAGCGAUGGGCCGCGAUAGUCCUGUACAGUACGGACUACCAACAGAGGCGUCAUCAUCAGCCGCGGCUGUGGCAGCAGCUGCUCACCAGCUGCAGUUGCAGCAGGCGGCCCGACAGGAGCUUCUAGCGGCAGCGGCAGCGGCGGCAAGUGCUGGUCGAUUCCCAUCGCCGACGGCGACGUCAACAGCAGCAGCGGCCGCAGCAGCUGGAGUACAAUCGGGAGCGACCAGCGUUACCGAAUGGCAGCUGGCGCCUUACUGGAACCAAAAGUUACUCUACAUGGCAGGGGUCCCAUUUCAAGGGGCGCUACAGAGUCUUCAGGGUCUGCCAAACCUACAGAAUAUACAGCAGAGUGUACAGAGCAUCCAGGUCGGGCUACAGGGUCUUCCCACGCCGCUUCUACUCAAUCAGCACCAUCAAGAAUCGCUGGAGCUACUUCGGCGGAAGGCCGAAGAGGAACGCCGAAACAGCAGCAGUCCCGUUGAUGUCGCUGAUCCGUCGUCUCAGUCGUCGCCUGCACCGCCCCGUUUGGCCAGUCCCAAAAAAGAACUGCCUGACGAUUAGGCAGCAUCAGCGUCAGCAAUAACAUCAUAAGCAGCGGUAGCAUUAACAAUAGCUAGCAAGCUUGUACUCUGCGUAAGUGUCUGUACAUGGUUUCGAUCGACAGUGAUCCUCGCUGUGUCGUUCGACCGUGGCGUAAUCCGUCUAAUCUCAGGUAUAAUUCAGAAUAGUCUACAACUACUGCAUUAUUUUGACAUAUUACAUCUAUUCUACAUAUAAUAGUGCAUACUCGCUCUUGUUAAAUCUGCUACUCCGUUAUUGCUGCUGCUGCUACAUAGUUGGUGACUCUGGCUAAUUGAAGGCAGCUGGAAACGACCUUGUACAGAUUCCCCAUGACCGGGACUAGAUGGAAAGUGAGCUAAAAGAAUAUGGAUGAAUUUGAUGCAAAUGAAUACUGGCGGAUGGGAGAAAGUUUUGACUUUACUUGCUAAUGCUGAAGAAGGGACGACAAAUCGAUAAAAGACAAAGAAGCC